AUGAGGGAGUACGACCCUUUCACGCCCUACACGCACGAAGAGGUUAUCGAAAUCACGCCAGGACUUGGUGAUGCAUAUGAGAUGGCGAGCAAAGCACUUGAUGAGCAUAUGGGCAUUGAUCAAUGGCGAAAGCAACUGAUGAAUCUAGCCAACGAGGCUUCGGGCUCGGACACUAACAUGAACGACUCGGGCGAUGAUUCAGACUCAGAUCCAGAAAUGAGACAGGCUCUCCGGCAGAGCCGCAAAGAAUUCUAUGGUAAUCGGUCGAAAGGGCGAAUUGCGAACAGCUUCUCACAUCCACCGACUUCAUCACAGUCGCCAUCAAAACCUGCGCGGUUCCCAGCCAAUCGUCGCGUUUCUGUCGUCUCCGGCUCCAGCAGAGCUCCAGAUACGAUCUUGAAUGCAUGGGAAGCACCGUCGAGACCUGCCGCCAGCUCAUCGCAGCCCUCAAGAGACCAUGGACAACUUCAGGCCGUACCAUCCCCACAAGAUCGGUUGAAUAUGCGCAGAGACACGCCAAUAGACCUAACGGACGACAGCAGCGCCCAUAACUCGACUGAGGUAGGCUUCCUCGACCAUCAGCUUGGUGGCGUGGGACGUGGUCGGAAAGAACCAAUCAGCGAUACCAUCGAGGGCGAGCUCUCAGAAAGCAAGGAAUUCGUACAAGUAUUGGUCGGGCCUGACCAAGAAGUCUAUAACCUGCAAAUAUCGUGUCUGUGGGACCGUCCAUACUUCAGAGACUCCAAGCAGGGCCUCCUCCUGAUCGACCACAAUGACGCCGGGAUGUGGGAGCUCAAACACCCUGCUCUUGUCGACAUUAACCCCGAAGACUUCACAUUUAUCGCAGAAUACCUAGAAAGUGAUGGAUUUGGUCAUCGGAACCCGCAAGAGGGUGAGGAAGCGAACGAAGCCUUUGCACAAUGUGUUGCGGCGUGGAUCACCGCGGAGGUUUUGGGUAUGUGGGACAUGCUGGAACAUGUCGCUGAGAAGCUGAAGGGCAUAAAGCCGGGGAAGUUGGAAAUAUUGGUGUUCUGUCGACAUGUUUUCGCACAGGAUACAACAUCAAUCUCCCAUGAAUAUCUCAAGGAACAUUUGGCCGUAUACAUUGCGGAAAACUGGUGGCCAUACCUCAGGGAUGACCACUUGAGGUCGAGCUUCAUUGAGCUGCUGCAACACUUCCCAGAGUUGCAGCGAGACGUUUACGAGCGGAGGAUUCUGGCGCUGAAGAAAUGCAUUGAUCAGAGUCAAGAAGAUAGCGAUACUGACAUGGACUGA